UCUUUCUCCAAACAUUUCCUCCCUUUCCCAGACCCAGACAAGGGCACACACACAGACCGGCGACCGAACACGCUAUCUAGCCAACCAUUAAGUGUGUGUGUGAGGAAGUGUGCGUGUUUUUUUUCUUCUUCUUUGAGUAGAAAGAAUGAAGUAAGGAAAAUAAGUUGGGUAUUUGCGCUCUGUGCCUGUGUUUAGUAACCCAGGAUCCCUUUUAAAAUCAUUUCACUUGACGGUGAAACCUGGAAGUGGAAAGUUUAUAGCUGUGAAUAGUCACAGGACUUGGGGUUGCCAUGGGGUGUUGGUGGUGCUGGCUACUGGUAGCCUUGCUAUGGGUUUCCACGAUAACAAACCCAUGCCUUGGCCAGAGUGGUGACAGUGGCGACUGGGGCUCUGGCUUCGAUGUCUCCAUGACGACCCUCAGCACCAACAACAACACGUCCUCCUCCCAGGAGCCAGGAGAUUACCCUGCAGGGUCAGAAACAGAGACAAGAGAAUCCUGGGUUAAAAUACUUCCACCUAAGCCAGUGUUCCACUACAACACGGAGCCAGAUGAGUGCUCCGUCCACUUCAGCACCAGUCAGGCUUCUGCCAGGCGCCUCAAGGCCCAGAGAGAAGAGUUGGCCUACCUGAAGGCUAUACAGCAUGGGAACCAGGCGGUGGUGGAGAACCUAGUCCAGUACAUAGGAGCAGAGCUGGGGGAGGAGCAGCGCUAUGAGGACGUCAUCGAGGAAAACAUAGUGGGCAUCAGGGAGGAGCAGCAGAGCUGUAACGGUGUAGUCCAGAAGGUGAUGGAGGAUCUGGAGGGACAGCUGGAAGGAGAUGUACUGGAGGCUCUGACUGGGAUACAGAAAAUCAAAGAGGAGUCCCUGGCGUUCGAGGGCCUCUUCCAGACAGCAGCAGACAUCGCCAUGAGGCUGGAUACCUUGUCUCAGACACUCCACGCCUCCUUCACCAAACAGCUCAAAGACUCUCUCAAAACUUUACGUCGCUAAGGAGAUUGUCUGGUCUCAGAACUGUUUGUGCGGUCUCUCCAGUUCCUAUGGUCUUUGCUGUGACUCUUUUGUAGCCUGGUCUCAGAACUGUUUGUGCGGUCUCUCCAGUUCCUAUGGUCUUUGCUGUGACUCUUUUGUAGCAUGGUCUCAGAUAUGUGUGUGCAAGAGAGCACAAACAGCUAUUGGACCAGGCAACUAAGGCCUAGAUUAAAUCAGAUCAAGUGUAAAGUGGCAAUAGCCGACACCCACAUAGCUGACGUUUUGGCGGAGGUGUAACUGCGUAGGAGCUUGUCAUAAAUUAGUUGAGCAGCAGCUCAUGUGAUCAUUGUCAUGAAGUUCAGAACAAGAAAGUAUAGGCCACAUAGAAAUAAUUACACUGAAACAAAAAAAAACAUCAUUCAAUUAAGUAAUGAAUAUUUUAUUAGCCUUAUCGAGGUGUAGAUUACAUCUAAAACUCCAGUGUUUGAAAUGUCUCUGAAUGCGACUCCUCUGCAGCCAAUUGCAAUGUCCACUUUAGGUAUAAAUCUGGGAGCCGCUUGUGGAUUCGACAGUUCUAAUGCAUUCCACCUCUGCCGCUGCCAAAACAACCGCUAUGCAGAUGUCUGCUAGCGCAGAUCUGAUGGAAUCUAGCCUUAAGGAGAACUCUCUACUCUUCUUCUCUCCCUCCUACUGUUCUUCCCUCCUUCCUGCUCUUCUUCUCUCCCUCCUGCUCUUCUUCUCUCCCUCCUGCUCUUCUUCUCUCCCUCCUGCUCUUCUUCUCUCCCUCCUACUGUUCUUCCCUCCUUCCAAACCUUCUUCCCUCCUUCCUGCUCUUCUUCCCUCCUUCCUGCUCUUCUUCUCUCCCUCCUGCUCUUCUUCUCUCCCUCCUGCUCUUCUUCUCUCCCUCCUGCUCUUCUUCUCUCCCUCCUGCUCUUCUUCUCUCCCUCCUGCUCUUCUUCUCUCCUUCUUCCCCUUCUUCUCUCCUUCUUCCCCUUCUUCUCUCCUUCUUCCCCUUCUUCUCUCCCUCCUGCUCUUCUUCUCUCCCUCCUGCUCUUCUUCUCUCCCUCCUGCUCUUCUUCUCUCCCUCCUACUCUUCUUCUCUCCCUCCUACUCUUCUUCCCUCCCUCCUACGCUUCUCCUUCCCUUCUUCAGGCUACUAAUACAACCUUCAGCAUCUGUGUCUCUCGUCAAAACCUAAAUCUCUCUGGUCUGAACCUAGAGGUGUGUAGUUUCUCUACUAAACAGAUGCUCUGACAGGAAUGUUCUUUCUGCUCAGUGUACUUUAAGUGAACCGUGAGUGUGCUGACAGCUAUGGCAUAAAUGGUAGAGGAUUUAUGCUGAGAUUUUGGACCACAGAUUUGUAAUAAACAGUCACUGUACUGUACUGUACCGUAGCUGUUUAAUACAGUAGCACUCAUGUGUGACCAAACGCUAUCAAAGACAAAAUGUCAAGUCAGUACUUUUUCUGUUUACAAUUAUUCCAAAAAACAUUAAGUUGUUCAUACUGAGCAGUUCAGCAUAUACUUAUAUCAUAGUAUGUCAUGUAUUUCAAACCAGAUUUUCCAUCCAGUAAAUUGCUAUUAUUACCUGAUUAAAAAAAAAAAAAAAAAAAAAUGAAUAUGUCAGUCAGAAGUUUUGAAACCAAACAUAUUUGGUUACGACCCAAACGUCAUUUCAUUCCCUGUUUGGUGCACUACUGUUUCCCAAAGCCCUAUUCAGAAGGGCACUAUAUCAGGAAUAGGGUGGAAUUUUGACACAAGCUCUAUUCAUGUCAUAGUAGUACGGGCAGCUCUGGUUCGCCUGAAUAUUAUGGGACAUCUUUAUUGGUCUGUCUAGGUACCAGGGUAGUAUGGUCUGUCUGUAUUGGUCUGUCUACGUACCAGGGUAGUAUGGUCUGUCUGUAUUGGUCUGUCUAGGUACCAGGGUAGUAUGGUCUGUCUGUCUAGGUACCAGGGUAGUAUGGUCUGUCUGUAUUGGUCUGUCUAGGUACCAGGGUAGUAUGGUCUGUCUGUAUUGGUCUGUCUAGGAACCAGGGUAGUUUGGUCUGUCUAGGUACCAGGGUAGUAUGGUCUGUCUGUAUUGGUCUGUCUAGGUACCAGGGUAGUAUGGUCUGUCUGUAUUGGUCUGUCUAGGUACCAGGGUAGUAUGGUCUGUCUGUAUUGGUCUGUCUACGUACCAGGGUAGUAUGGUCUGUCUGUAUUGGUCUGUCUAGGUACCAGGGUAGUAUGGUCUGUCUGUAUUGGUCUGUCUACGUACCAGGGUAGUAUGGUCUGUCUGUAUUGGUCUGUCUAGGUACCAGGGUAGUAUGGUCUGUCUGUAUUGGUCUGUCUACGUACCAGGGUAGUAUGGUCUGUCUGUAUUGGUCUGUCUAGGUGCCUGGGUAGUAUGGUCUGUCUGUAUUGGUCUGUCUAGGUACCAGGGUAGUAUGGUCUGUCUGUAUUGGUCUGUCUAGGUACCAGGGUAGUAUGGUCUGUCUGUAUUGGUCUGUCUACGUACCAGGGUAGUAUGGUCUGUCUGUAUUGGUCUGUCUAGGUACCAGGGUAGUAUGGUCUGUCUGUAUUGGUCUGGGUAAGGGUGGAGACCAGAACAAGUUCAGGGCAGGUGCUUGAAGGGAGGUUCCCCUGUCUUGUUCUAUGAAAGCAGAAGCCUGGAAUACACACUGAUCGUCAUUAUGUUUCUCUGUUGUUUAUCAGUGAAAAUACACAAAUGCAAUUAGAGUGAUAUUCAGCUCAAAUUCCAAGCUUGAAAACCAGAGGGUUUAUUUGCAAAUAAAGGGAAUUGUAUACAAGUGCAAUGAAGCUUGGUCUAGCUGGGUUCUAUUUGAGAGGGGGUAUGUUAUGCUGUGAGGGAAAUAUGUUUUUCAGAGACAUACUGUAUAUAUUGUAUGCAGUGAGGACAGGGGCAGCCAGGCCGGGGUGAUUGUGACUUUGACCCCCAAUCCUUGUCAGAGUUCAAACGACAACCCCAUGCUGUCGAAUGGGUUGGAAACAUAGGGUACAUCCUAAAUGGCAGCCUAGUCCCUAUAUAGUGCUCUACUUUAGCGCAGAGCCCUAUGACACCCUAUUCCCUAUAUAGUGCACUACUUUGGACCAGGGCCCAAGUAUAGAGUGCUAUUUGGUAUGCACCUACACACAGCCCUGAUCUGAAGUAUACAAAUGGUUAGAGGGGGUAAUGCUGUGUAUGGUUACAGGGGUUAUGUUGCGCAUGAUUACAGGGGAUAAUGUUGUGUAUGAUUAUAGGUGGUAAUGUUGUGUAUGGUCACAGGGUGUAUUGUUGUGUAUGGUUAGAGGGGGUAAUGCUGUGUAUGGUUACAGGGGGUAAUGUUGUAUGGUUACAGGGGGUAAUGUUGCAUAUGAUUACAGGGGAUAAUGUUGUGUAUGAUUACAGGUGGUAAUGCUGUGUAUGGUUACAGGGGGUAAUGCUGUGUAUGGUUACAGGGGGUAAUGCUGUGUAUGGUUACAGGGGGUAAUGCUGUGUAUGGUUAGCAGGGGUAAUGUUGUAUGGUUACAGGGGGUAUUGUUGUGUAUGGUUAGAGGGGGUAUUGUUGUGUAUUGUUAGAGGGGGUAAUGUUGUAUGGUUACAGGAGGUAAUGUUGUGUAUGGUGACAGGGGGUAAUGUUGUAAAAGAAACAUAUUACUACCACGAGAUGGUGGGGAGGCCAUGCUGGUUAUUGCGUGAGUUACUUUGACACGUCCCUUUAAGAGCUCAAACAACGACAUGAGAUAAUUCAUCUCCUCGUCCGGCUCAGUGGGAGUUUCAACUUUAGUCUAUAUGAGUUUCUGUUCUGUCCCUCGUUCUCUUUCUGUUGUAGAAAGCUGUAUGUACUUGUUGUUGCAGUCUUUUAUGGGAGAUGCCAUCACCCUUUCUUUUUUAGGAUGUUUUUAAUGUUGCAAUUAUGAAAUGAUAAAGACAAAACAUGUUAUGUCAAAAUGUAGUAUAAUUAGAAUUUUUUUUUUUAAGUAAAUGUAAUCGAAAAUGUAAUCUACGUAAUCCCCAAAAGUAAUUAUUUAUCACGAGAGGGCCAUAAAUAUUAACUAGUGAUGCUGCAUAUUCGUAGAAAGGUUAAAAUCUCACCUUUUUGGUAAAAAUCGUUAUAAAUUGCUGAGGUGUAGUCACUUUUGAGGACACAAGCUCAAGUAUACAGUACAAAUAUGAUACAUAUUUUAUAUUACGUCAUUCCUUUUCAACAAAACUAUAUGAAUAAGUCUUUAAAUUACUUAUAUGCUUUGUAAAUAUAUUAUAAUCAAAUUAUGAAACAACUAAGUAUAAGAUUUCACCUUCCUUAUAACUGUAAAAUACAGUUAUGUUGUAUGUUGAGUGUUAGAGAAAAUGUGCACAUUUUCUAAAAGUCUUCUCAUUUGUUGAAAACAUCUGCCCCAUCACUGAGAACACCUCGCAGAGCUCAAGUUUGGCUUCCUGAACUCGCUAGUAACUCGCCUUUCAUCUCAUAUUCAUAUGACAAAUCUGUGUUUUUUUUUUUUGUUGUUGUUAAAAUCUAUGAAUUAUUUUAGAUGAACGGCUAUAAAUCAAUCUCUGAUGAAACCACUCUCUCCUGCUGUGCUACGAUGUCAGGGUUUCCGGCAUGUGUUUUGUCAGUUGUUUGUGACGUAGGGUUCAGCCGGGAGUUGAUGGACAGUCGGAAGAGCGAAUUAAAAUGGUAGGGGGGACAUCCCAGCGUCCAGUGGUUUCAGAUUUCACAUCGUACGUCACACAGGCUCAGACAAUAUACUACUGUGUCCGUGGGAACAAGGACUGUCGUUCACAGCAAGCCAUUUCCAUCUAAAUUGUCUACAGAUCGAUUUAUAAGCGAAAAUGUUGGUUAGAACCGGUCCCAGGACAAUGCAGGUCCCCCAAAACAGGGGACUUUACAUCAGUAUAGGCCAUAUAUUUAUGUUACAGUUGUUUUAUUUAAUCCAGAUGAAAAUAAAGUUGUAUCU